AUGAUCUAUGAAAAAUGCUUGAUAAAAACUCUUGUUUUAUUCUGUACAAUGGGCUUACUUUUAUUUUUUAAAGGAUAUUUCAUAGAUCGUAGAUACUUAUUGGAUAGAAGUAAAGGAACGAUGAAACCAACAUAACCUGUAAUAUUAUUAGUAAUUGAUUCACUGCGUAUUGAUUUGGCUUUCAGUCAAAAUUUCACUUUCAUAAAAAAAAUGAGCAAAGAAAAACCUGAUUAAACCUUGUUUUUUUUAUCUUUAGCUGAAGUCCCAACUGUUACAGGGCCAAGAUUGUAAGCAAUGACAAGCGGAAAUUUUCCACCUUUAUCUAAAUUAUUAGACAAUUUUCAUGCUUCAAUAGUAUUUAUUAGUAAUUAUUUUUAUCAUAGAUUAAAGAAGACAAUUUACUUUUUUAAAUGAACAGAUUUAAUAAGAAAACAUUUUUUGUUGGAGAUGAUAUAUGGAUGGGACUCUAUCCUGAUUAAUUUACAGUCUAAUUUCCUAAAAAAUCAUCUAAUAUUAAUGAUUUAAGUUCAAUUGAUGAAUUCAUUUCUUUAAAAUUAAAUAAGAAUAUAAAUUAAGGAUAUGAUUUGAUUGUUGCACAUUUUCAAGGAUUAGAUCAUGCUGGACAUAAAAAUAAUAAAGUUUUGAAUAAUCAAGAUUUAGAAGAUCAAUUAGGUCACACCGAUGGAAUCAUAGCAUAAAUAUAUGAAAAAAUGUCAAAUGAUACUAUUUUAUUAAUUACAGGUGAUCAUGGAAUGGCAAAUGAUGGUAAUCAUGGUGGAAAUAGUACAGAAGAAACUAACACUUUAUUGUUUGCAAUAAAAAAAUAAGGGAAGUUUUAUCCAAAAUAUAUGGAAAGCAUUCCUUAAUUGAAAGAUAAUUACCAAUCAACUUUAGUCAAUUAGUCUCAAUAUAUUAGAAAAAUCAGUUAAAUUGAUUUAGUCCCUACUCUUGCCAUUCUAUUAGGCAUCCCCAUACCUUAUAGUAAUCUAGGAUAUCUUAUAAAUGAAUUCUUUAAUAGUGAGAAACAUUGCCUCGAUAAUCUCAAAUAAGUAAUGAACUUUGUUGAAACUAUUCAUAAUCGAUAAGGAAAAUUUACUUAUUCUUAAAAAAGUCAAUGGUAAAAUUAAUAUCAAAAUGUUAAGAAUUGUAAAGAUGCUUUAAUUCUUAUGAAUGAUAUUUAAGUUGUUGCUAGAAAAAUAUGGAAUGAAUAUAACUUUCCAUUACUUCAUUUAAGUUUUCUUUUAUAAUUCUUAAUAUUCAUCUUUUUCAUUUUUACUAUGAUUGUUCUUAAGUAAUCUUCUGAAAACGAUGAUCAUAUUAAAACUCAAGAAAUUAUUUCAGCUUUUAAACAUGCUCUAUAAGAUAAUCAAAAAUUAACUUUAUUUUUAGUAAUAUUGGCAGCUAUUUUAUUUUUUAUGUAUGAGAUAGAAAUACUAAUAACGAUAGUCCUCACAUUAAUCCUUUUUUAUUUUGAUUUUAUCUUAUUUAUUAAAAUAAAAAAGAAUCGUAUUCUAAGAUAAAAUUAAUAAUAAUGGAGUUUAAUUCAAUAACCAAUUUAAAAUCCUACUGAUUUCGAUAAGUUGAUUAAAAUAUCUCUCUAUUUAUUUUUUAUCUAUAAAAUUAUUCUCCAAGGUUAAUUAUUAUUGUCAAUUUAAGAACUACAGUUUGAAGAAAAUUACUUAUAUAAAGAAAUUAACAAACUUUUAAUGAUAAGUUCCAUUAUUUGCAUAUUGAAUUUAAUAUUUAGAUUAAUUAAUUAAUUAGAAAAUGAAUCGAUAUUUAGUAAAAUAAAAGAUACAAUUAUUUCAUGUGCAACUGCUAUGAUAAUUUAUUAUGCUUUAAAUUUUGAAUAAUUAUAUUAUUUAAAAAACGAAGGAUAUGAAUUUUUACUUUAAUUUAGAUAUUUGAUGUAUUUAUCUGUUAUAUUUUUGCAUGUUUGUCUAUUUAUGUAUCAGAAAGAGAGCCCAAUAUUGGAUAAAAUAUUAGCAUAAUUUGGUUUAGUCUUAAUUGACAUAUUUUACACUUAUCUAAAUGUUUUAUGUUAAGGAUAGCCAUACAGGGAAUUAGUUAUCUUACAUAUUCCUAAAAUUAUUUAUUUGAUUUCAUUUUACUAUUUUUUUUCAAAAGAUCCAAUAUUUUUGUUUUUAUCUUGCGUAGUAGUAUCAGAUACUAAUGGAUUAAUGAUAUAUUCAUGUGAAAUAUUGAUUUUUAUCCUUUUAUACUUUCAUUGGAAAAGUUUACUCAAAUUUUAAAUGAUUUCAUUUUUUGCAAUGUUAUCAUUAAUUUGUUAAAUUACAUGGUUUAUUUUUGGUAAUCUAUGUACAAUAUCAUCAAUAAAAUUAGAGAGAGCAUUUGUUGGUGUAUAGGAUUUUCAUUUAUGGUUAAAUCCUUUUAUAUUAGCAUUUUUUUUAUUGGGACCUUAUUUGGCUGGUUUAAUCUUCAUUCGAUAUAUAGGUCCAUAAUUGUGCAAAUAGGGAGAAUUAAUUGAUACAUAAGGUAAUAAUAUAAAUUUGAUAGGGAUAUAGUUAGAAAUUCAAAAAAUUUGUUUAAAUUAAUGUUCUUAUUUAAUUUUUAUAUUCAGAUAUAAUUUACUUAGAUUCACAGCUAUAAAAAUGCAGGAGGAUUGAUCGAUAUUUAAUUUAAGUACAUAUUUGAUGCAGUGACAUUUUUUACGGUGUGCUUGUUUAUGUUUUUGAUCUGAGUGAAU